AUGGAAGGCACUUUUGCAAGGGCUUUAUACUCUUUCCAGGCAGAAAGCCUUGGUGAACUCUCUGUUCCUCAGGGAGGUAUCAUAAGAAUUACACAAUACAUUAAUAAGCACUGGUUGGAAGCCAGUUAUGACGGAGAAAUUGGCUGGUUUCCUGUUACUUAUGCAGAAAGAUUAGAAAAUGAGUCACACCAAGAGAGAGCUGUACCAUCAAGUGCUGGAGCACAACACCAACAUGCAUCAUCAAGGGAGCAUAAUGGCAAUAAAUUCAAUGAUAUUUUAGCAAAGCCAGGAAAUCCUGAUGGUUCUAUAGUGGAGACUGCUUUUGCAUUUUGUGCUCGUAAUGACAGUGAGCUUACCUUUCCAAGUGGUGCUCUGAUAGAGGUCACAAAAGAUGUUGAUGAAGACUGGAUGGAAGGCUUGUUCAAUGGAAGGAUUGGUCUCUUCCCCAAGAGUUACAUUAAAUCCUCUGAGAGGCCAUGUGCCCAUGCUGUGUACCCAUUUGUUGGGGAAAGUGAAGGGGAAUUGACAUUUCGUGAAGGUGACUGUAUCUUUCUUCAUAAACGUUUGAAUUCACAGUGGAUGGAAGGAGAAAUCAAUGGAAAUGUGGGACUUUUUCCUUCAAGCUUUGUGGCUGUUGAGGUUGACUUACCACCAGAGGAAAAUAGGUUUGAAAAUGAAUUCUUUUCUUUUGUGGACUCAUCUUCUAAACCCAGAGACCACAGCAAUGCAAUCAUUUCUAAUGUUAAAUGGAAGCCAGGAAUGAAAGGAAAGGCAAUGUUUCAUUUUACUGCAUUGUAUUCAGGAGAUCUUGAGUUGAAUAAGGGAGAUGUUGUGACCGUUCUUAACACUGACAAUGAUAACUGGAUAGAGGGCCAGCUGGAUAGUGGAAUUUGUGGUUCAUGCCCUGCUGCAUAUCUAGAACCUGUUUAUGACAUAAACACAGAGCUUUCAGAUAGGAAGCCUCCAAGGAGGACACAAAGAUUCACAUCUGAUGACAGUUUUUCCACUAUAUUUGACAACAAAGUGUCUGAUUCAGGUUAUUUGAGUGCAUUGCACAAGGGUCAGAAAGAUAAUAGUGUUGUUGAAUCCUCCCUAAGGAAGGAAAGGAAUUCUUACAAUUCUCUUUUGGACUCAUCUUUCACUUUGGAUCCAACUCCUGCACUUCUACCUUCUAACUUACCUACUUCGAGAUAUACUUCUGAAACUGUACAAUUUAAUAAACCUGUUUUAAAACCAAGGCCAGCAAUCGGAACUAAGCCAAACCACAGUUAUUCAGUGAAAUACUUAGGUGGUGAGACCCGACAAGAACCCACUACAACCAGAAGUCACCAAACGGUAGUUAGUUCUGUCAUUACUUUGCCAUCACAUGGAAGAGUUUCAAUGUCAAAUGCAAAAGAGAGGACUGAUUAUUUUUCCUCAGAGACUGCAACUUUACAAAAUCGUUCUCAGUUUCAUCUUUCAAGUUAUCAGAAUUCUUCUGGAACUUGGCCUGGUAAACGAAUUGGUAAGAGUGGACAUAUGUCAAUUGAAAAUACAAGUGGGAGUUUUGAUGAUGAAUUUGAUUUGCUGUCAGGAAACUGCACUUCUCUUCCUUCACCACUUUUACCCUUACCUCAAAGAGGAUUGGAGGAUGAAAACAGUGAAUCAAGUGCGUCAGAGGAUUCUCCAAUCACACCCAGACGACCAGCACCCCCUCCACCUAAAAGAAACAGCAGUCAUGGAAUUCACAUGCGUAGCAGCACACUACCUGCUAACAGUUUGAAGGGACUUGCACAAGGUCACUUAAAUGGGGAGGGUUCAAUGUUAAAAGGAAAGGAUCAACAGCAAUUGGAUUUAAAAUACAUCAAACAGAAUGGAAAGCCACAUAAUAUUUCUUUAUUGGAAAGUGCAAGUCACAGUGGUUUGAACCUUAGAGAAUCUUCCCAGUCAAGGUUGGAAGAUAAACUUAAACCCCUGGCUAGGCCACAUUCUGUGUAUUGGAAAGACAUGGUGGACAGUGGUGAUGUAAAAGAUAAGGUAAUUAAAGUGUAUCAUUAUACUUGUUAUACAUACAUGUUUUAUAUUUGUUCAGUUACUAAGCUAGAUAUUUCAGCUUGAGUUUGGUAGAACUGUAUGUUAUAGCAGACUCCCAACAGUGUGGUGCAUCUAUGUGGGCUGAUUAUUUCAUAUACUGUACAAAGUCACAAGUCUCCUCCUUUGACAAGUAUGAAACACCCACACCUGCAUUCGCUAUUGGGUAAUUCUUGCACAGGAAUUAAGCAGCCCACUCUGCCAGAACUAAUGCAAGAUUACUCUGCAUUACCUAGUGGUAUUGUUUUUCCCUCUGUGGUAUGCUACUGUCUGGUAGCUACUCCCACAACAUUUUCUCAGAAUUUAUUGACAAUAUGCCAGUACCCAUCUAUACUCCUAAUUAGCAAGAAGCAUAAUGACUGUUAUGUGAGAGCCAGGUGUUUUUGCCCAAACUAACAACAAAUUGACCCCAGUAAGAGCUUGAACUCUGACCUCUGAUUUAACAUGUAAUGGGCCUUAAUGUGUAGGCCCAUUUUUUUCUCUUUGUUUCCAAAAGAGGAAAAAAAAAAUGAACAAUCAGUGAAUCAUAUUAUUUUCAGAGUCAGCAGAAGCCAAGGCAUUCAAACAGUCUAGAGCAGUCAAAGCAGAAGAAAUUCAGUAGUGUUGCACAAAGUGAUCAACAGUCUUUGAACAAAGGUAAGUAGUAUAUUAAAUUAUUUUCAGAUAGCUGUGCAGAUUUGUUUGUAGAGCUGGUCAAAAAGUAUCACAGGGAAUGUAUUUUAACUAGUAUUCUUAUGUCAGCUGAUAGGUUGCAAUGUAUAAUAACGUAGUACAUUGCAAUGGUGCAUUAUUCUAGGUGGCAGUCCAACAGAUGAAAUGGAUGUUCCAGGCCUAACAACACUGCAGGAAAGAAUUGCAGAGGCAGAAGAGAAUCUGAAGGUGAAAUAGAGACAUUAGAAUGAUUCGAAUUGAGUUAUCUAAAAAGGCACUGAUAAAGCUUAUUAAUUGGAUAAACUGACAGCAACAACAACAUUAGACUUCUAUUUGCAAUGGCAGGUUUAGAAAUUUCUCAUGUAAGGAAGAAACCAUAGAUUUGAAGAGUACAUAAUGACUAUAAGUGCUCAUUUAGGUGUUACAGCUAUGGUUUAGUUGUUGUUUUUGGAAACAUGUCAAAUGAGCUCUAAACUAAUGUUAAUUCAGUUGGUCGCAUAAGCACUUGUUAAAUUUAAUUCCUUUGGUGAAUUAAAUCCUUUUGUUGAAUUGAAUUUUUUUUUUGUUUGUCAACAGAAAGAAAUGAAAGUUUACUCUGGUUUUAAAACCAUUUCUCAGGUACAGAUCCUUUCUUUUUGCAUGCUUUGAUUUUGAUAACCUGUUCCAAGCAUUCAGUUAAUUACAUGAAGCACUGCUAAGAGUCACAGAUUAGCUUGAAGAAAAGCAAGCGUUUUCUUUUUCCAACAGUUCUUGUCCCACCCAUAGUAAAUUAACUUGAUUCCUGAAACAGUCCUUGGUUUUGUGAGGACACUAAAUGUCUACUUUAUUUAAGUAUGACAUAAUCAGUGGCAAUGCCUAAGUCUGAAAGCAGGCAUGUAAGUACCAUGUGUCAUGGGUUUCAAUCUUUUUAAGCUCAUGAUCUAGUUUCAGAGAUAUUCUUUCCUGACUGGACAGGAACUUUAUGAGGUGACAUUUGCAAUUAUGGCCUGUAAAACUCUACCUGGUUUAGUUUGUUGGCCAGUGAGCCUGUAUUAAUGAUAUAUUAAGCCCUGUAUUGUAUGGAUACCUGUAUGAACAUGUGUAAUGUUACAUGUUUGCAUUGUGUCUGUAGCUUGUCAUGACUGACCCUGUAAAGCAGAGGGAAAUGGAGGCAAAGAUUUCACAGAGCCAACAAAAGAUAACAGAAUGGGAGGAAGAAUUAAAAAAUCUCAAAGGUUUGAACAUUUUUGGAAAUAGCCUUUUUAGAUUUCAUAGAAUACAGCAAGAAGACUAAUUUUUCUGAAUUUUGUGUAUUUUUCGUACUCGGUAAGCACAAGUGUCACCUUUAUGGGAAUAUGGGGAGUGUAAGAAUAAAAAGAUGAGAUGAUUAAAUGGCACGAUUUUGAGAACUGUGAAAUUGAAUUAGUCAACAAGAUUCACAUUAUAUGCAUCUUUGAAAGACGUAUAUGAAAAUUAAUGUCAAGUAACUGUUAGCUCGUGUACCAGUUUACAAGGUCUUCAUUCGUGUGAUGCUCUCUUUCAGAUGAGCAAGUGUUUUUGAUAGAGUCACACCGGAAGAAAAUGCUGAAGGUUAAAAUAGGAGACUUGGAAGCAGACCUAGAUGUGCGUAGUAUUUUGGAAUUGUAAUCGAGUAACAUCAGGCUUUUGCCCUUUAUAUGAAAAGCUGGAUCGGUGUUUCAAUUUUUGGUUCUCUAUGCACAGACUGUCUUUACAAAAAGAUGUUCCAUCUUCCAUCUGUCUACAUUCGAUGACCAAGCUCAAACUUGCGAUUUUUUAUUUCUUUACUCUCAACGGGACACUUAAUUGAUCAUAGCUGUAUGAAGCAGGCUUGUCACAUACAAACUUGCAUGUAGUAACUGAGUGAGAUUAAUAUUAUUGAAAAAAGACUGUUGUGUUGCGUCUCUGGGAAAGUGAAAGAGUUGGUUUUAUAUCAGUUGUGCGUUGAUAGCAGUGAGUCAACUAGACUACUGUGAGUAGUCCCUGCUUUUCGACCGUCGCUCAUAUUAAAAAAAAAAAAAUCAGCGAAUAAAAUUGACGUCAGCGCGCGGUGACAAAUUAUCAACGCCUUUCUUUUUACUUUGCCAUUUUUUUUUAUAUAAUUCAUAUUCUGAAAUUUUCAGAAACAAGUCAGGAGUCAGAGAAGUCUUGAAAUGUUACUGGGUGUGGUAGAGGAGAACAGAAAGAAGGAGGUUAUGGAAAAUCUUGAAGUUUGUGCUGAGCUUGUGGAUAAGAUUAGAACAAAAAUCACUGAAUUAGAAGGUAUUGUUUGGGUUAAUUCUUCAAACCAUAAAACUAGCGAAGCUGAGCGAGGCUUUCAUUUGGAUUACUGCUGUAACGUUCCCAAUUUCUGCUGAUUCACAAUGACCUUAAGAAAAGGUGCGUAAUUUAGUAAGUUAGAUGCAACUUUCCUCAGCAAUCUGAAUACAAUGCCAAGCAAACAGGUUGAUUUGUGAUGGAAAAAAACUCGCAUUAUGCUAGAAUGCAUGCAAUAUAAAUUCGUUGCAUAUUCCUUUUUGGCAUUACAGAUGAAAACUGGAAAAAUCUUGGAGAACUUUUACUCUGGCUGACUUUAAAUGAAUUUUAGAAGUCUCUGUUGGGUCAGUGACGAAAACUUUGAGCGAAUUACUGGGAACGAUGCUAAUUCGAGAAAACUAUUUGGUACUUGACUCGAAUACUUAUUCAAAGAAACAAAGUGGCGUUUUUUGAAAGGGGGAAAUAAAGAAGUUUGUUGUUCCUCAACAGCUUCCUUGCACAGUCUAACAGAAAAGCCAGCUGCAUCAAGCCAAAAGCAUAUGGCAGAACAGAGACAACGAGUAGUAACUGAACUUAUCAAUACAGAGAAGGAUUACUGCAAUGAUCUUGAGCUUUGUGUGAAUUAUUUUCUUCGUGAGCUACAAAAUUCUCAGGUUAGUUUCGGGUGCACAUACAAGUGAGAUGUCUUAUUCCUCAAAGAUAACUUGCGUGCAUGGCCUUAUUUAUAAGCGCAGCAAGGCGUACGUUUCUCCGCCCGCGGGACGAUUUGAGACGAGUCGGGGAGUGGGGAGAGGUUGACCGGCGAUCAUUAUCUGCGUUAGACCCCUAGACCUCUCGCAGACUUGCGUCGCUCCAGGCCUCAUACUUUCCCACCCGAUCAUCCGAAAGUAGCGAAGGAAAAUGGUUUCUAGUAAAUUUCGAAUUAAUUUGGUAUGCUGUGAUUUUUUUUUCCACAGGUGAAGGACCUCGACUGUGAAGGAUUGUUUGGUAAUAUCGAGAGUGUCCUGAAAACCUCACAGAAACUUCUAACUAGCUUAGAAAAUGCUGUCGAUGAUACGAAAGGAAAUGAUCAAGAACUUGGUAAUUUGCUUAUUGCGUGUUGGUGGAUGCAAAAUUUUGCUGUGGUUCAGCCUGUUACACGUGUUUAGUUAGCAAAACAGAGCGAAAUUGCAAACGGCGCCAUAGUAUCGGUGGAGUGAAAAAGGGAGGGAGGUCUUGGUUUGGGCGUUUAUUUAGCUAAGAGUUACUUCUCCAUCUCUACAGGAAAGUGCUUUGUGGACAUAGCCGAUGAAAUGAAGGAAGUUUACGCUGUGUAUUGUAGAAAUCACGAUGAUGCUAUCUCGCUCAUGGAAAAGGUAAAACUGUACAUCAACUGUAUGUCCUCUCCACAUAAAGCAGGUAUUCACCUGCAAAGGACUUUUAGUCUUAGUUGUAAAAGCGCUUCCGACCUAGUGAAAAUGCAAAAUCAGAGACAAAAGCCAAGCCACAAACUUAAGAGAAUCUAGGUCAGACGAAUUAGAACAGGUUUAAUUUCUUCCGAGUCCUUGUAUGACCCGAUGUAUAUAAUUCAGUGAAAACUUGACAGCAUACUGUGGGAGUCCCUGGCGUAAAGGAUGAUAGCUUAUUAUUAUAUGAGAGACUGAUACUGUUUAUAAUUGCAUUUUCAGUAUGAAGAAAUACCAGAUAUACAAGAUGCCUUUACAAAAUGCCUGGACAAAAUUAGGUAAUUAAAAGGGUAUUUGAAGAACACAAAAACCGUUGGUUACCAACUCUUACUUAGUGGCUGGUUUGGGUCGGCAGCGAAUUGAACGCAGGCCCGACAACUGAGCUCAUUUGAUAAAUAACGCUUCUCGAUGAUGGCGACAAGGACAUCUCAACCGGCGUUAGUUUAAUUGCACCUUAAAAUGAUCAUAGAUCGUUUUACUUCAUGUCGGCUGCGUUGUUAUCCUCGUCAAAUCUUUUGUAUUCUCGUUGUUGUCAGGGAACACACGAGAUGUUGGGACUUGUCAUCGUUUCUUAUCAAGCCGGUCCAGCGAGUUCUCAAGUAUCCGCUCUUAUUGAAUGAGCUGCUCAAGGUACUGUAACUGCCCUUCUCUAAAUUGCUGAAUUUCAAGCUCUCCGGUAAUAGAUAUUGUUAAGAAUGUAAAGAGGAAUCCAACGAUCUGCAGAGGGGACAUUCUGCCGACUUUCAGAGGGUAUAUGCGCCUGGUGUGUGUGUAAUGAGUCCCCAUCCCCUUCCCUAGUUGCAAAAUACCUUGCCACCUACAAUAAUUUACUGUAUCUAAAGAAGUACUGCACUAAAGUAAGUUUAUGAAGGAACGAUGGGUAUGAUGUUUCUUCAAUGUAGUGCAACUGCGCUGCCGAAUUCUGUUAUAUUUAUUUCUUUUUUCCAACAGUACACGGCUGAAAUCCACCGAGAUAAGUACAACUUGAUAAAGGCUAUAUCAGUCAUGGCUGAUGUGGCAAACGCCAUCAAUGAAUUUAAAAGGAGAAAAGAUCUUGGUAAGUUUGCGCAGUGUAACUUUUUUUUCAUUUGUUUGAAUUUCUGUUUGUGAAAUUCUUCAUUUUGGUUCAGUAGCAAAAGCACUUAAGAUUUUUCUUUCCAUUUUUGAAUAGUUGUCAAGUACAAGAAAGUAGAAGACAGUGGUUUAACAAACAUGAUACAAAAACUAAAUUGGCAUUCAGUUGUGAAGAAAGGAUCCAGAUUUAAUCAGAGGCUGACACAGCUCACAGGACUCGUGUCACAGGUAUUUGAUAGAAGAGAUAAUCUGAUUGGUCGAUGAUAGGCUGGUUGAUGAUUUAUGAAGGUUUUCAGGCAAAAUUUUUGUAACGUUUUUCUCUGUAUAAUGGAUAUUUCUAUUGUUGCCGCAAAACAAACCUCACCCAAACAACAACUAGACAAAUUAUACCUACACGGUCUGAGUUUUUGUAAAUGACCUUUCUGAACUGCCUCAAACCGACCUCUUUUUUUCAUUCAAUCGCAUCGGUUGGUCUCAAUACACACUUUUUUUAUCCAUAUAGACUGACUUUUGCUUAUCUUCUUUUUUUAUUGUUUCCUUUGAAGACUGUCGACGAAAAGUUCAUUGAAGAAGAGAAAAGAUUCCGCACAAUAGAGAAAACAGUAAAAACGAUGUUGAAGAACAUUUCUGCUUAUCUGGAGGACUUUAAGGUCAUCUAAUGCUACAAGCUGUUAUUAUAGUGGUUAAAAACUUUCAGCCGUGAGAAGAGCGGUUGUUUGGUUAGGGAAGGUCAUUCGGAACUAAUGCUUAGCGGAUUUGAUAUCUUUAUAACUUUAAAACUCAAAGAUACAAUGUAAAUCUUAGGAAAGUCGACGCUCAAAGAGGCUAAGUGCAGUGCACGCUCUUUUUUCCUGCCAAACUGGUGUCACGGCCCAAAUUUCCCGCCAAAAUUUCCGCUGUCGUUUGUUUCUACCUACAGUUUGCGUUGACUGAUGUAAACAAUUUUCAGCAAGGUUGAACCUCACAUUGAAAUGCUUCAUCCAUGUUUAGGAAGCUAUGGAAUGCCACAAGUGGUCAGGGCAGAAUGUCAGCGACUUUUAUCAAGAAGCUUCAACGUGCUCUGAAGUUUCCACUUUUCAGAGAAUACAAAUGAAGAUUGGUGAAACUGUUCUAACCAGAUUCGUAAGUGUAUUUUUGUUGGUUCGGAUUCGCGAUCGAGAUCAUGGGACAAAGUUUAACCGUUUGCUCCGAAAUAGUUAUAUUAUUAGCUGGUAAACAAAAAUUAAAAUGACAGUCCUCCUCUGCCAUGAAACUUGAUAAAACAAAAUAACAUUGCCCCUCAAGAGGAAGUUGCACGAUUAGCACACUUGUCGAAAUGGUCUUCUUCAAUCACAUAUAUUCUGCUUUUGAAAAUUUAUCAACCUUUCUUAAUCGGUAAAACUCAUGCUUAAGACAUUUUACCUCGAAAUUCUUGUUCGCAUAAAUAAGACAUGCGGACUGACCUUUUUAGCGCAAUGAGUAUUUAUUGACUGUCUGAAUUUUAGAACGAGGAUUUGAAGGCGUUUGUUUCAUAUCUUUUCGAGGACGUUUGCAACAGCCGUAUCAGGAAAGAUGUCUCGCUAACACUUGGACUGUAUUUGUUUAUAAAAUUCCUUAUUUUUAAGGACGUUUGCGGUAACUUUAUCGUGAAAGAAGUCUUUCAAACGUUUGGUCUUUAUGAAAUUUAUCCCUCGACAGAUGGACAGUGUUCAAACGCAGGUUUUAUCCCCGCUCAACUCCUUACUCAACUUGUUUCAAGGCCCCCAGCGUUUAAUCCAAAAACGAAACGAUAAAUGCUUGGACUACGACCACAGGUCAAACAAGAUUGACAAGAUUAAAGACCGAGAAAAGUUGAAAGCGGUGAGUUGUAAAAUAAGGUGAAAACAGGUGGGAAAAAAUGGUAGACUAGCCGGCGGUUUUGGCCGCGGGAUACCGGCUCCUUUUGAGAAGGGAAUAAUUCUCUGAGAACAAUUAUGACUCAGAAUCUUUGGAUCAGGAUGGUUAAGUUUUAUGUUUCAGUAAAGGAUGCUGUGUGAUUUCCGCCGGACUGAAAUCUUUUCCAGGCUAAAGAAGAGCUGGAACUUGCGAAGAAAAACUACGAGGCUUUGAACACUCAACUGCUGGAAGAGAUCCCUGGGUUUACUGAGAAGUGUAUGGCUUUAGUUCUUGACUGUCUGGAAAACUUUGCUAUAGCACAAAAGAAACUGUACAAUGAAGUUCACGAAGACUACGACCAACUUUUACAGGUACUGUGAUUUCCACAUGCAUGCAAACAUCGUAAAUGAGCCAGGCGAAGAUUUUGCAGCCGUAUAUGGCAGUUUUUUGCGGCCUACUCUGGGUGUUUCUCAGAAGUAGUUUAGAGCAUUUGAUCAGGGUCGAAGGGUCUUUUCCACCCAAAAACCAUUUCCCUUAACCCUUUGACUCCUGAGAGUGACUAACAUCCAAUUUCUCCUAACAACAUCACCCCUUAAUCACACAUCACACAAGAAUAAAGGAAAUGAUCACCAACUAAAGAAGGUCUUGAUUGUUUAACAAAUUCUCUUUGUCAGCACUUUAAGAAAUGUAUAGAGAACAGUUUGGAGAAUAUGUACACUGAUGUCAGUUUGUAGACGGUUAAAAAAUUCUUGAUUUAGUGUUGACUGUGUUGUCUUCCAAAAAAUAUCGUUUAUGACGGAAACACAUGGAAUAGAAACGCGUUUGAUAAACAGAAAAAAAUGUACAUCUGUGGCCGGAGGUUACAAAACUUAAUUCAAAGUCAGCUUUCAUUUUUGAUGGCGAAUUAAGCAACGUUGGUCGAUUCUAAGACAGUUUCAAAGUGUUAAGUUAACUGUGAACGUUUAGGUCUGACAUUUUGUUGAUGAACGUUUUGCUUUUACAGCUUCCAGUUGUGCAGGAAAUCGACGAAGACAUUAUCGAGCAUCACAGCAAGAGAUCGAUGCAAGUUAUGGAACAGUUCUCAGAGCUCAGCUUUAUACCUUGUAGUUUUGUGGCAAAAGACAGUUCUCGGAAGAAGAGGAGAUCUGUGAUAAAAAGCCCAAAUUUACUAUCCAACCAUCUUGUAAGUUUGUUGUGUAAAACCCAUGGUGUAGCUUUGAGCCUUGUCGUCACACCAUUCCACGCAUUUUAAGGGAUCGGUCAUUGUAUUACUGCCUGACAAGGGGGGGGCGGGGGGAAAGUUUGAAGGAUUUUAGUUGUGUCACGAUAAAGUUUACCUGAUCCCAACCAUUAGGCUCUAUAAUGUUUUCAUUACCUCUCCCACCCUUCACCCCUCAUUGGAAGUUGACUGGCUGACAAUUUUCAAUAGUCCCCUCUUUAUACUCUGUUGGCGACGACUGAUUCCCCUCUGUCCCCCCUGAAAACUUGGUGAUCCUCUAAAAUCCUCCAAGCCCCCUUCCCCCCACCCCUGAUAUGAUUGAUGACUGCUCCCUAAGUGCUGAUAAACUGAUCUCGAUUUGUGUGUAGUUCCGACGGAGAUUUUUAAAGGUUCUCUCAUGUACGACAGUGUUACUUGUAUAUGUACAGCGUAACCUCAAAACCAGUAGGUUUGAUAUUUUUAUCUUUAUCUUGAUUCUGAUUUGUGUGAAUGUUUCAUUUUUAUACUGUUCAGAUUUAUAUUCUCUUGUUCAGUAAUUAUUUUGAAAUUAAAAUGUUAUUAUUCCACUACUAGAGAAUUUGAAGGUCACAAUGAACGCAGGUUAUCGAAAUUACUAAGCGUUUUGACUUAUUUCUUUGUAUUCUAUCUAUCUAGGAUACGGUAGAAGAUGAUAACGGAAACAAGACCAGUUUAUUAGAUUCCACGCCCAAUGAAGAGGGUGAAGAGGCUGGGGUGGCCAAGAGAGAGGAUCCAACAUCCCCUUCUCCCAGGAUUCAUCAACCACGACCAGCACCUCGAAAACGUAGUAGCAUAACACAACCUGUAAGUCACUAAAUAAGCACAUUUUAGUUGUAGAAUAAACCGACUACUUUGUUGAAUUGGAAAAUAACAGUUAAGUGCGUUACCGUAGUUUGUUUGACGAUUUCAUGAUUUUUUUAGGUAUCUGGAGGUUUCGCCCCAUUGCAAGUUCGACUCCUAUUGCUUUUUGCAAGUUUGCUCACAAAAUCAUUCAAAUCGUUUCUUAACAGAAAAAGGUAUUCUGUUGAAAUCAAAGAACUUAUUCUGUUAAAAUCAAAAGAAAAUGAGUUGAAAGAACUGGGGGCGAACUCACUUUACUUCAGGGGCGAACUCACAAGGGUGGUAGGGGAAAACUUGCAGUGUGGCGAAACCUCCAUUGAUCAUUUCUUCAUCAGGAGAUAAGUUGGGCUGUUUACGCUGUUGAAAGCUACAUGAAUUUUUGUGAUCAGCUGUUUAAUUGUUCAUUAUCAUCGAUCAUCUUCACAUGCAGCAUUUGAAUCUUUCAUCGACUCUCAGUGGAGUGAAUUUGCAGGCGUGACAACCAUAUAGUACGUAGUUUACCUCGUAUCUUUUAGGUGUCAAAAUAAUAGCGAAAGCUGUGAUGAUCUAAAUGGCUAUUAAAAAUAUUUUUAUUUUUUUAUAAUUUAUUUGAAAGACGCACAAAUUUGAAGAAACCUAGCGCCUCAUGUGUACGUGAAAGUGAUUACGAGACUCACUUUAGAGACGGGCGUAAAUACUGAGCCAGAGCGAAAGAAUGGAAAUCUUUUUUCUCCUAUUCCUAGGGGCCCAACGAAAAUGACAGCUCACUUUUUGAAGGAAAACUUCCCGUAAAUAGCAAGCUCUACGUUGUCGAAUACAACUUCGUAGCCCAAAGUGCAGGGGAGUUGUCGGUAUCCGAGGGAGAUAUCGUGUCCGUCCUUCGACACUCGGACAGUAGUGGUAACCCAGAAUGGUGGCUGAUUCGCUCAAAUGCUGGUUCUACGGGUUUUGUACCGGAGAGCUAUUUAUCUCCGGUGGAUGACGGUGUCAGCGGAGGGGAUGGUCAAGACGAUGCUGAGGAUGAUGAAAGUUCUUCCCCUAGCAAUUUGACGACAGAGAAGAAGGAUCAAGAUACAAGCGCAGUGGAAACUUCAGCUUCAUUAUACUACUGUGCUGAUUUCGCGUUUGAGGCCAGCAGUACAGCAGAGCUUAGUGUAAACGAGGGGCAAUUAGUUGCCGUUUUACAAAAGCAAGAUUUGACAGGGAAUGACGAAUGGUGGCUUGUUGAGGCGCAAGGACAAAAAGGAUACGUUCCUUCGAGUUAUUUAACACAAGUGGAUCAUUGAACUUGCUUAUUGCAAGUUUCUGAUAUUUCUUCAAAAGAGCGAAUCGCUGGAAAAUUUUAUUGAACUGAAUGCUCUGAUUUAUUGGUGUGAACUGAUUCAUUUUUCGCGCGUACUAGUUCAUUAGAGAUCAUAAUUGUACGAGGAUUAGAACCGGUACCAGGUGCGGUAAAAGCUGCAUCAGCUGAAGGAUAAAUUAUGCUUCUGAUUCGUUGAGAAGGAAAUCGUUAGGAGUGAGAAAAAUUCCUUAGAAACAAUCCGUCAUUAAGUAACACUGUUUGAGGCAUUUACUAAAUACUCAGAGUCGUGAGGCUCAAGGGCGAUAUUUCAAGACGGUGAAUGAAGUCUUGCUAGCCAGUGACAUCGGCCAAAAUGAACUAAUGUGAAUGCCAAUGAAUUGGAAGUCUACUCAUAUCGGGUUUUUUUUUUCAACCCAGAGAGCGAAAGUUCAAAGACUUAUCUUGCAGUUACCCGUUUGUAUGGCAUUGCUUUCCACAAGCUAGGCUACAUUGUGGGCUGAUAAAUAAGGGGUUAAUUUUGUAAAUAUAAAUAUAAAUUGAUCACUGUAAAGAGUCUCUAAAGCUAAAGUCUCGAGCUUUAUCCCUUAGUCAGAGCUAGUGAACUGUGGGCAGUUGACAGCCAUUUGUCAGUAUGCGAAUUAGCUUGUUACUAGUUUGAAGCAAUAGCUGUUCGUUUUGCCUGACGUUCUUCAAUGAACAAUAUUGUGGCUUUUUCUGCCGUAACGUAUAGUUGUUACUCAAUCUGCUAACGUUAUUGGGGAGUACUACUCCAAAUUAUUAAUUUCAAAUGUGAAGUCAUUUGAUUUAUAUGCUGGAACGUCUCAUACAGAUAUGAAAUGUUACGUUUGCACAAUUACCACAGUUCUGAGCAAAGGUAUGUGUAUUCAUUUUCCAGUGGAAGAUUCCAACAGCUUUCCUUGCAUGUUAAAUUUUGUUGUAGAUAGGCAACGCUUUUUUUUGUCCUUGGGCAAAUCAAGCCAUACUCGUAGAUAGAUUAUUUUGAAAUUUUUUAAGAAACGUGAUGAAAGAGGUUUUUGUUUUGCUUAACAGUUUUUGAGGAAAGAAAUCAUGCAUUGCUUGUAGAUGGUCCAUUAUAGAAAAAUUAGAAUUACAUAUGUUCAUUUAAAAAAAAAUAAGAAUCAAUAAUUUUAUGCACACAGUGUUGUAAAGCCAAAUAUUUGCUCAAACUGUGUCAAUUUUAAUGAAUUUAUGGCAUAACAAUUACCAGGUGAAUGCCUUUAUACAGAUUGUUUUUUUUAAAUAAAACCUAUGUUCAACAUUUUACAGACGGCAGGUUUGUUUGUUGCCCUCAUCAUUUCAAUUGUUCCACUAUUAAUAACCAAC